AUUGGACCAUCUCAGCAUGCGUGCGUCAGUGGAGAGUGGCACGCGUAGGAUGUAGGGUGGCGACAUGAGCAAAUCGAACUCCUCUGUUCACAUCUGUUUAAAACAUUUCUUCUUCUUCCACUAGGGUUAGGGUUUAGGGUUUUGCUUCUUUCUGAGACUGUCUCGUCUCCAGAAUCGAUUUCCUUCACCUCUUGAAAAAAUCAUCGUCGAAGGAAGUAGAGAUCUCGAAGUUGAUUUCGAUGUACCGGCGAAGCAUCUCCUCCAAAUUCACACUCCUCACCCGACGAUGCCAUCCUUCCUUUACCCACCUUCUUCUCCAUGACGACAAUGACAAAAUUCACUCUGGUCCUGUUGCAGAUCCUUCUCAAACCCAAAAUGGCAAUUUCCUACAGCGGGAAUUUCACAGAAAUUACAACCAUGCCACUGCCGGUUUGGGUGCUCUCUUCCGCGAGAGAAGAGGUUUUGCCUCCUCCCUCCCUCUGGGUCUCGGACCCUCUUUCUGUAGCUAUUCGUCGAGCACGAUCGGGGAUGGAUCAGACAAAGUUGAGUACAUGAGUGAUGUUGCCAGUGUAUUUACGGAAAAGAGCAUGGAAGUGGCAGUCGUGCAGGCUACUGUUGCCAGUGAAGUUGCUGUUGCAGCUGCCGAUUCCUUCUUACCUGUUGCAUUCUUGCAGUAUUUUAUUGAUGGGGUUCACAAUGUUACCGGUUUGAAUUGGUGGGCAGCCAUUGCUUUAACAACUUUAAUGAUUCGAUGUGCUACAGCCCCUCUUCUAAUAAAUCAACUCAAAGCAACUUCAAAACUUACUCAAAUGAGGCCACAUAUGGAGGAGAUCAAACAACAGAUGGAAGAUUCAAUGGACCCUAAGGCUGCAGCAGAGGGUCAGAAAAGAAUGAUGGCGCUAUUCCAGGAGUAUGGGGUCACCCCAUUUACUCCAUUGAAGGGGCUUUUUAUCCAAGGUCCUGUUUUCAUCAGCUUUUACUUAGCUGUCACAAACAUGGUUGAGAAAGUUCCAUCUUUUAAAGGAGGUGGGGCAUUCUGGUUUUCUGAUCUGACAACUCCUGAUACCCUAUAUAUCUUUCCAGUUUUGACAGCAUUGUCGUUCUUGCUAACUGUGGAGUUGAAUAUGCAAGAGGGUCUGGAAGGGAAUCCUGUUGCUGGCACCAUGAAGAAGUUCUCUAGAAUUUUUGCUGUUCUCACUGUCCCGUUUACAAUGAGCUUCCCAAAGGCCAUUUUUUGUUAUUGGAUUACGUCAAACCUUUUCUCCCUUGUUUAUGGGCUCGUAAUUAAACGGCCUUCAGUGAAGAAGCUCUUGGGUCUACCUGAAAUAGUUCCACAGCCUACUACUGCACAACAGCCUAGCUUCUAUCCUUUUGGUGGAUCUAAACCACUGCUCGGGGGAUUGAAGUCGCUUUUUGGGGAGUCUGUAAGUGCAACAACAGCAGAUCCUCUGACACCAGUCAACCAAUCAAAGAUUCCGGACACAAGGAUAUCUCGGUCCUCCAAUGUUGGUCAGCGGUUUAGCAGACUUGAAAGGACAGUGAAAGGAAGAAAGAGAACCAAGAAAAACUGAUACUGCAUCCUCAAAACUUUGUGAUCACAGCCAGGUUUUAAUUUUAAUUGGCUUGUCAAAUAAAUCUAUUAAUCUGAGCCGUCCAUCCAUACAGCAUUAUAGGUCAACGAGCCGGAUUCAGUUCUGCAUGUUGCACGGAAAAAAAAUAGCAGCGGUAAUUUUGUAAUGCUUCUCACCAAGUGCCAGUAGUGAUAAUCUCACUUGUAAUUUUGAUGGUG